UUACGCAUGUGGUUCAUCUGCUACACGCCACAGACAGGGAAGUCAGCUGUCUGUGUGGUUUUAAUCGUAAACGUUAAAGAUCGAACGGUGUCAUCAUGUCCAGGGUGCCGAUGGGCAAGGUGCUGCUGCGAAAUGUUAUUCGUCACACAGAUGCCCACAACAAGAUCCAAGAGGAGUCAGAAAUGUGGAAGUUGAGGUGGAUGGAGAAGGGUCCGUCCACCAGCCACAGACCGAUGCCACCAUCUUCAAAUCCAUCCAGGAGUCACAUGCACUGUGAUCGCGUGGAGGAUGGGUCUGUAGACAGACUGGGAGACCGGCUGCGGAGAAGAGAACACAGCUCUGGCCAGGACGAGAGGGAGGCACGCUACUGGACCAAGGAACUCUAUGACUUCGAAGCCAAUGAUCCAGACAGAUGGGGACACAGUGGUUUUAAGGAGCUAUACCCAGAGGAGUUUAAAAGUGACUGGGAAAGAGACCGUGGUGAUGAUCAGAAUGGGCAUUGCAGAAAGAAAAAGACUAAGUCCAGACUUAAAACAGCCAAAUCAAAACAUCUGAAGAAGUCCUCCAAGAAGAAGAAGAAGAAGAAGAAGAAGAAAGAGGAAAAUAGGACUGGUGAGUCAGAUGGUGAGUCCAGCAGCGACAGUGUCAAACAGAAGAGGAAAAGCAACAAGAGCAAACAUAAGAGGAAAAAGAGUGAGAGGGAGGAGGAGAGCAGCUCAGAGGAGAGAGGGAGGAGGAGGAAACGACAGAUGGACUCCCACAGAGACUCAGGACCAGAGUCACACAAGAAGAGGAAAAACUGGAAAGCAGGAGCGGACAAAUCAGAGCACAGUUCUGAGGAUUGAACCUUUUUCCAUUGGCAGCCAGUAACCUGUAACUUCAUACUGCUCCCUUUCAGUUGCCUAUCUCAAAGCUUUCACAGUUACACCCCACUUCCACUUGAGUCCAAUGUUUCCCACUAGAUUUCUUGUGAACAUGGCCAUCACCAUAGCUAGAUAAGUUUGUGAUUUAUCCAAUGACAAGACAACUGAGGAAUUGGCUAAAGUACAAAUACAACUUUUGAACAGACCUACUGGCAGGGGAAAGCAUAUUGUUCUUCGCUUUACACCUUUCCUCUGCAAUAGUCUUUUGUGUUGUACUUCUUUCUGUGUACUGCUGAGCUCAAACCUGUGUUCUCCUCCCCUUGGGCAUUCUUCACAGUAAUACCUCACCUCUUCUGUUACUGGUUCUGCUCUGGCUGCAGUGCUCAGAUAGUGAGCUGACACUGCACAAACAUGGACUCAGAAAAGCCACCUCAUGACAAACUGACUGUAGAGCCAUGUCUCAUAGUUAGUGUCCAGGCUUUACUUUAGCUGUUACAUUAUGGAAAAUGUUCAUUUUAUGCAGAUUUCCCGACCAAUUAUGACAAUCUCUUCUGCUUUUUUUUUAUUCAGUAUUUAUUUUUUUAAACUUUUGUAAUUUAUGGUAGUCAGGAUUUCAUGGAAUGUCAGGACAACAUUGAAAAUAAAAUGCAUAUUUGUUUGUAAAAAUUUACUCUGGUUAUCACACCACACAUUUAGACAUCACAUACAUCUCAUGUAUGGUUUUGAAUACAGGAUAUCUACAUGACUAUUAUUCACUAUUCUCAGUAGGCCUAUAGCCGUUCUAUUCCAUGACCAUGUAUAUUACUCUUUAUGCAUCCAAUUCUACAUUAAAUAUUGCUUCCAUAUG